GUGCUUACAACGCACAAAAGACGCAUGCGCCGCCGCGGCUGCCCUGGUCCUGCUUCCACGGCUGCGGGCGUCGGUGGCAUCUGCGUUUCCGUACUGGUGGCCGCGGGGCCCUGGGGUAUUCUUGUAGAGGAUGCAAAAUGCGAGAAUCCCCAACUCAAGUCCAACUCAGGAGCAAGACUGUUUGCAAAGUCAGUAUGUCAGUGAUAAACAAGAAAUGACAAUCAAGCAAGAGAAUGAUGGCAACGUGGAGGUGGAGGAAAGCCUCCCCUCUUGUUCCUCUGCUAACGGACCAUCCAGUUCUGCCGAGGGGUGUUCAUCAGAAGUUUCGAGGAGAGGGCCGGCCCUGCUGCACAUCAACAGACAUCACAUACAGACGGUGGAGCCGAGUGCGCAGGCCCUUGAACUGCAGGGGUUGGGUGUGGAUGUGUAUGACCAGGACGUUCUGGAACAGGGAGUGCUUCGGCAAGUGGACAGUGCCAUUCAUGAGGCCAGCCGUGCGGCCCAGCUUUCUGAUGCGGAGAAGGAGUACCGAUCAGUCUUGGAUGACCUCACGUCAUGUACAACAUCCCUAAGGCAAAUCAAUAAAAUUAUUGAACAACUUAGCCCUCAAGCUGCCACCAACAGAGACAUCAACAGGAAACUAGAUUCAGUAAAACGACAGAAGUAUAAUAAGGAACAACAACUAAAGAAGAUCACAGCAAAACAAAAACGUCUCCAGGCCAUCCUUGGAGGAGUGGAGGUACAAGUUGAAGUAGACCAUGCCAGUCUGGAGGAGGAGGAUAUAGAACCAGGGCCGUCCUGUCUCGGGAGCAUGCUCAUGCCUGUGCAGGAGACAGCUUGGGAAGAGCUCAUCCGCACGGGCCAGAUGACACCUUUUGGAACCCAGAUCCCUCAGAAACAGGAGAAAAAGCCUAGAAAACUAAUGCUCAACGAAGCAUCAGGUUUUGAAAAGUAUUUGGCAGAUCAAGCAAAAUUGUCGUUUGAAAGGAAGAAGCAAGCUUGUAAUAAAAGAGCACCUAGAAAAACCCCAGCCUCGGUCACUUCGGAACUGAGCACAGCACUCCAUGAAAACAAACCAAAUGAGCAAAGCAGAGUUCUCUCGAAAACAGAUAAGCGCUUGAAAAAGCACAUGAAGAAGCUCCAGAAAAGGGCUCUUCAUUUCCAGGGGAAGGUGGGCUUGCCGAAAGGAAAGAAACCUUUGGAGUCUGACGUGAGGCCGAAGGUGGAGGGCAGCUCUGAGGGUGAAGAGUCCGAGUACGUGCCCACGGAGGAGGAGCUGGAGGAGGCCGAGGGGGCCGAGCUGAUGGCACAGGGCCCAGACUAUGAACUGAAGCCCGUGCUCAGGCACCGGAAAAGGCAGAAAAAAGUCACGGUGCAGGAGAUGGAGGAUGACGUCCUUCCAAGUUCUGGGGAAGAAGCAGAAGCUGCCUGUGGAGGAAGAAGUCGGAAAGUAGUGAGAUGCCGAGAUGAUGGAGAUGAAGAUUAUUAUAAGCAGCGGUUAAGGAGAUGGAAUAAGCUGAGGCUGCGGGACAAAGAGAAGUCUCUGAAGCUGGAAGACGAUUCUGAGGAGAGCGAUGCAGAGUUUGAUGAUUUUAAAAUGCCGGGUUUUCUGUUCAAAAAGCUUUUUAAGUACCAGCAGACAGGUGUUAGGUGGCUGUGGGAAUUGCACUGCCAGCAGGCAGGAGGAAUUCUGGGAGACGAAAUGGGAUUGGGCAAGACCAUCCAGAUAAUUGCCUUCUUGGCAGGUCUGAGCUACAGCAAGAUCAGGACUCGUGGUUCAAAUUACAGGUUCACGGGGUUGGGUCCGACUAUAAUUGUCUGUCCAACGACAGUGAUGCAUCAGUGGGUGAAGGAAUUUCACACGUGGUGGCCUCCAUUCCGAGUGGCAAUUCUACACGAAACUGGCUCCUAUGUGCACAAAAAGGAGAAACUAAUUCGAGAUAUUGCUCAUUGUCAUGGCAUUUUGAUUACUUCUUACUCCUACAUUCGGCUGAUGCAAGAUGACAUUAGUAGGCAUGACUGGCACUAUGUGAUCUUGGAUGAGGGACACAAAAUUCGAAAUCCAAACGCUGCUGUCACCCUUGCUUGCAAACAGUUCCGCACCCCUCAUCGUAUCAUCUUGUCUGGCUCACCGAUGCAAAAUAACCUCCGGGAGCUGUGGUCGCUCUUCGACUUCAUCUUCCCAGGAAAGUUAGGCACAUUGCCUGUGUUCAUGGAACAGUUCUCAGUCCCCAUCACCAUGGGGGGGUAUUCAAACGCCUCCCCGGUGCAGGUUAAAACUGCUUAUAAAUGUGCAUGUGUCUUACGAGAUACCAUAAAUCCAUACCUGUUGCGGAGAAUGAAGUCAGAUGUCAAAAUGAGCCUUUCUUUGCCAGAUAAAAAUGAACAGGUCUUAUUUUGCCGUCUUACAGAGGAACAACAUAAAGUCUACCAAAAUUUUAUUGAUUCCAAAGAAGUUUACAGAAUUCUCAAUGGAGAUAUGCAGAUUUUCUCUGGACUUGUAGCCCUAAGAAAAAUCUGCAACCACCCUGAUCUCUUUUCUGGAGGUCCAAAGAAUGCUAAAGGUAUUCCAGAUGAUGAACUAGAAGAAGAUCAGUUUGGAUACUGGAAACGUUCGGGGAAAAUGAUAGUAGUUGAGUCCUUGUUGAAGAUAUGGCACAAGCAGGGUCAACGAGUAUUGCUGUUUUCUCAGUCAAGACAAAUGUUGGACAUCCUUGAAGUAUUCCUUAGAGCUCAGAAGUAUUCUUAUCUCAAGAUGGAUGGUACCACUGCAAUCGCUUCAAGACAGCCACUGAUUACAAGAUACAAUGAGGACACAUCCAUAUUUGUGUUUCUUCUGACUACGCGGGUGGGUGGCAUAGGAGUCAACCUGACGGGGGCAAACAGAGUCAUCAUCUACGAUCCUGACUGGAACCCAAGCACAGACACACAGGCCCGGGAGCGAGCAUGGAGGAUCGGCCAGAAGAAGCAAGUGACUGUGUACAGGCUUCUGACUGCCGGCACCAUUGAGGAAAAGAUUUACCACCGACAAAUUUUCAAGCAGUUUCUGACAAACAGAGUGCUAAAAGAUCCAAAGCAAAGGCGAUUUUUCAAGUCCAACGAUCUUUAUGAGCUGUUCACUCUAAUGAGUCCUGACCCUUCCCAGAGCACUGAAACAAGCGCGAUUUUUGCAGGAACUGGCUCAGAAGUUCAGGCUUCCAAGCUCCAUUUAAAAAGAAAACUUCCGCCAGCCUUUGGAGCAGACCAUGAUGUUCCAAUAUGCAAAAAGUUUCCUGAUUCUACUGCAUCCACAAAUGAGGCCCCAUCCACUGAAGAGAAAUCUACAGUGACAGGAGCCGAAGUAAAUGCAGUAACUUCUGAUCCAGGUGAUCCUUUGAAAGAUGCCCCCCAAACACCUCGGAAUCUACCUGGCAGUGACGGGCCUGGAGAAGGGACGAACGCAGUGUCUAGCCUGGAGGAGUCAUCCGUGAUUAACGGACCGGGGGAUUGUCCAGAUUCUUCGAGAAUCAGCAAAGCAGAUGGCGUCUCUAGAGAGGAAAGUAUCAAUGAAAAGCAGGGUCUUUCUGACAGAAGAGAAAACUGCCAGGCUCAGACAGAGCCUCUUUGGGAGAAAAAGCAAUUGGAAGGUAAUUUUUGUAAGCACAAGUCAAAAACGAAACAUAGUGCGCCAGAGGAGGAGCCCCCGGAGCAGCCUGGGAGGUCUGCGCAGAAGCUGAAGAGCUCUAAGCAUCGCAGAGAUGCCAAGUUUGAAGGAACUCGGAUUCCACACCUCGUGAAGAAAAGGCGGUACCACAAGCGGGACAGUGAAAAUGAGAAUGAGACCAGCGAACAGAGCAAUGAUGAUUAUGUCUUGGAAAAGCUUUUCAAAAAGUCAGUUGGAGUGCACAGUGUCAUGAAACAUGAUGCCAUCAUGGACGGAGCCAAUCCAGAUUAUGUGCUGGUGGAGGCGGAGGCCAACCGGGUAGCCCAGGACGCCCUGAAAGCGCUGAGGCUCUCUCGCCAGCGGUGUCUGGGGGCAGCGUCUGGUGUUCCCACCUGGACGGGCCACCAGGGCAUUUCUGGUGCGCCAGCAGGAAUCAAGAGUAGAUUUGGUCAGAAAAGGAAUUCCAACAUCUCUGUGCAGCACCCUUCUUCAACAGGCUCAAAGGAGAAAUGCCAGGACGGUGUCACAAGAAAGGAUGGGAAGGAUAAUGCUUCCGAGCACUUCAGUGGGAAAAUGGAAAAUGUAGAGUAUUCACCUGCAGCCCUCUCUUCGUCUUCACUGUUGGCUAAAAUGAGAGCUAGGAACCACCUGAUUCUGCCAGAGCGGCUGGAAAGUGAAAAUACACACCACGAGGCAUCUGCGCCACCACCCUCCACCACCGAACAUGAUGACCUGCUGGUGGACAUGAGAAACUUCAUCGCUUUUCAGGCCCACGUGGAUGGCCAGGCCAGCACUCGCGAGAUACUGCAGGAGUUCGAAUCCAAGUUAUCAGCCUCACAGUCUUGUGUCUUCCGAGAACUGUUGCGAAAUCUUUGCACUUUUCAUAGAACUUCUAGUGGUGAAGGAAUUUGGAAACUUAAGCCAGAAUACUGCUGAUCAACAUUACUUUUUAAACUUUCAAUUUCCUAGUGGGAAUUUCUGAUUAUUAAUCCUAUGAUUAAUAAUCAUGUUUGUCAACAGAAGUUGGCUGCGUCUGUUUACUUUGAUAUCUACCUCAUAAUUUAAAACUUUAAGGAAGAAGAAAUUCAUCUCUAAAACUUAAGUUUUAAAAAUACUUGGGUUGAUUUUUUUAUUUUGGCACUAUGAAUUAUGUUACAAAAUCAGGGACCUAACAGUUAAUGCUUGGAUCACAUUUGUUCCUUCACCCAAAAGAUGCCAUCAGGGAGCCCACUACCACUCAUUUAGAUGUUUGUAGGCAAGAAAUCUCAAGAAUUCUUUUUAUUGGUGCUAAAAACAUGUCUUACGUUCAGUCAGACCUAGUCAAUAAAUUAGCUCACCAAUAUCUGAUAACAGAUACUUAACUUUUGGUGCAUAGCUUUUAAAUGUUUAAAUUUAUCAUUUGCCACCCAUAAACAAAUGAGACUUACUGUCUUGAAUAUAUUAAUUGCCUUUAAACAGUCUUCCUUUUAAGGUACUGUAAAUCGGCAGGCAUUUUCACUAGUAAAGCAUGAAAUAGCUCGGUAAUAAAUAACGGGGCCUGUCCUUGCAGAAGGUUGUAGUGUACUCAGCUUACAUUGGCUUAACUUGAAGCAAAGGACAUCUUUUUUCCCUCUAUGGGGACUGUUGGUUUUAGGAAAAUAAAAUAUAUUGUCUUAAAAAAGUACACAAAUCUUAAGCAGAAUCAAAAGUGAGUACAAAUAAAAACACACACAGGCAUACAAACGUCACUUCGGACCACAGCGGUGUGCCACCAUUACCAUGUCAUGACCACUGCUGUGGCCCCUUCUCUCUGCUUACGUGCUGGGAGGGGACUUGGAGCAUUUUUUAUUUUAUUUACUGUUUGCUUCUCUAAGGAUGCUGAUUACUUUGUAUUGGGCACCAUCACUCUCCUUACGUAUUAUCUUCUGUCCAGUUGUGUCCACCUCUCUUUGUCCUUUGCCUUCCCUGCGAUGCUCCUGUUCUAUACGUUUGGUUUUCAGCUGUUUUCUGGCUGUUGCUUAUGCAUUUAUAGUUCUGUGAUGGUGUUGUUUCGAUCCUCAGUUUAUUUUCUUAGCUUCGAUUUUCUUGUUUCCCUCUCUCUGAUGUUUUAUCGUUUCAGCCCUCAAGUCUUGUUUUCUUAAAUUCAUUACAUUACUUAAAUUUCUUCUCGAGCUGUCACAGUGGAGUUCUUUCUUGGGCUUGUUCUCUGUGGCAGGCUGUUUUUCCUCUCUGCUUUCUCGGUAUCGUGUAUCAUGCUCGCCUUCCUCCCAUGCCGUUUCUUUACACCUUGUUUAUGUCGUGAGCAGCUCCGUCCAUAUCUGUAUGCCCUUCCCGGUGACCCAGACAGAAGGGGUUUGGGGUUUGGGAGUGGGGAAGAGCCUCUGCUGGGCUCCACACAGCUCUGGUUGGAGGAUUUGCGUUUUACCCCGCCAUUCUGGAGAUUUUGUUAAAUAGCUCGGGCCAAAGAAUCCUAGAGGUAGGGAGGAGAUGUUCUAGAGUUAUGAUUCCCACCAGGAUUUUUUGCUGCUCUUUAAAAACAUUCUGGCUUAUUCAUCUUAUUCUGUCUUUAGAGUGAUUUAUGUAUUAGGGGAAGAAGAUUCUAUUAUUUUCUUCGUCCUCCUGUCAUUAUCUGGAAGUCAUAGAAAGGAUUUUUAAAUAGCGCAAUAAAUCUUAAACUUGAGAAUUUGGCUCAGAAGGGAGUCAAAACUCAUGACUUUUGUUUCUGGGAAGUUCUUUUUUUAUUUUUAUUUUUGUAAUCAUUAGCCUGUAAGGAAAUCGCUUCCCCCUUGUUCUCAGAUUGAAUGCAGUUCAUUUUCUCAUUCUUUCUGAAAUUCGAACUCUACUGAGUGAGAGGUUUAUCUUUGUGUUUUUUUUUUUUU